CGGCCAAGAUGGCAGCCGCCACCGCCGUAGUGACCGGAUCCCUCCCGGUGGGACCAGCAACACCGCUCUUCUCCGAACCGACCGACGUCUCGCUCAGCGACAUUUCGGUGGCCACCUCUUCGCCCAGCCCUAAGAAGCAGCCACCCGUCCAGGAGCCGGACGCCGAGAUGUCGAAAGGGCCGGGGGCCGGGGCUCUGUGGACCACCAAGCGCGACGGAGAGGUCAAGCUGCGGCUGGACGAGAGCGGCAUCGGCGCCGAGGACCCCAUCACCGUCCACGAUCUCUUCCUGGCCUCCGUGGAGAAGUACGGCGACUUCCCGGCGCUCUCUUGGAAGAAGAAGGGCCGCUGGUCCCAGCUGACCUUCCGGCAGUACUACGGGGAGUGCCGCAAGACCGCGAAGAGCUUCCUCAAGCUGGGCCUGGCGCGGUUCAACAGCGUGUGCAUCCUGGGCUUCAACUCGCUGGAGUGGUUCCUGGCCGACAUCGGCGCCAUCUUUGCUGGGGGUUUUGCCGUCGGCAUCUACACCACCAACUCCCCCGAGGCCUGUCACUACGUUGCCGAGAACUGCGGGGCCAACAUCAUUGUGGUGGAGAACGACAAGCAGCUGCAGAAAAUCCUGGAGGUGGAGAAAAAGCUCCCCUUGCUGAAAGCCAUCAUCUACUACAACGAGGACAUCAAAGAAAAAAGGCCAAACCUCUACAGCUGGGACGAAUUCAUGGCUCUGGGCAGCUCCGUGCCGGAUGAUCAGCUGGACAAGAUCCUGGCCGGCCUGAAGCCCAGCCAGUGCUGCACCAUCAUCUACACGUCGGGGACCACGGGGAACCCCAAAGGAGUCAUGCUCAGCCACGACAACAUCACGUGGACGGCCAGGGCGGCCGGAGAGUAUGUGCACCUGAAGACGCCCUUGGAGGGCCAGGAGAGCGUGGUCAGCUACCUGCCGCUGAGCCACGUCGCCGCGCAGAUGAUUGACAUCUGGCUGCCCAUCGCGUUCGGCGUGGAGACGUACUUUGCUCAGCCUGACGCGCUGAAGGGCAGUCUGGUGGAGACCCUCCGGGAAGUGAGACCCACGGCGUUCAUGGGCGUCCCCCGCGUGUGGGAGAAGAUGCAGGAGCAGAUGAAGUCCGUGGGGGCCAAGUCCUCCAUGCUGAAGAAGAAGAUUGCCGUCUGGGCCAAAGCCGUGGGGCUGGAGACCAACCUGAAGCGCAUGAACGGGUCCAUCGAUCUCCCGAUGAAUUACCGGCUGGCGAAGGCGCUGGUUUAUAAAAAGGUCCGGAAAGCCCUGGGGCUGGACCGCUGCUACCGAUGUUACACGGGGGCGGCCCCCAUCACAAAGGACACCCUGGAGUUUUUCCUCAGCCUGGACAUUGUGAUCUACGAGCUCUACGGCAUGAGCGAAAGUUCAGGUCCUCACACCGUUUCCCAUCAGGCAUCGUACAGGAUGGCAAGCUGCGGCAAGGAGAUUACAGGCUUCCGGACCAUGCUUUUCAAACCAGACCAGGAAGGCGUCGGCGAGGUCUGCUUCGCCGGGCGCCAUGUCUUUAUGGGCUACCUGAACAUGGAAGACAAAACGAAAGAAGCCGUGGACGCCGAGGGCUGGCUUCAUUCCGGGGAUCUGGGCCGGCACGAUGAGGAUGGCUUCCUCUUCAUUACGGGGCGGAUCAAAGAGCUCAUCAUCACUGCGGGGGGAGAGAAUAUUCCCCCAGUCCCGAUUGAAGAUGCAGUCAAGGAGGCCGUCCCCAUUCUUAGCAACGUCAUGUUAGUGGGAGACAAAGCCAAAUAUCUCGUCAUGCUGAUGACCCUUAAGAGCAAGAUGAACUUAGAAACGGGGAUGUCGGAAGACGAACUGACGCCUGAAUCCGUCGAGUUCUGCCAGAAACUGGGCAGCAAGUCCACCAAGGUCUCCGACAUCGUGGGCAACAAAGACGUGGCUGUGUACACCGCCAUCCAGAAGGGGGUCAUGAAAGUCAACGAUCAUGCCACCUCCAACGCCCAGAAAAUCCAGAAGUGGGUUCUGCUCAGCAAAGACUUCUCCAUUCAGAGUGGCGAGCUGGGCCCAACCAUGAAGCUGAAGAGGCCAGUGGUAACCAAGAUGUACCAAGAACAGAUCCAACAGCUCUACUCAGAAACACCAAAUUUCUGAACGAGGACACCCGUCUCUCCGCCUGCCUCUGCCUCGAAGUCCAGCAUCUUUACCGGAAUCUUUUCUGUAGGCGAGGUGCACCGUCGCUUCCGUUGAUAAAUGAGGUUUUCAAUAAAGGGUCUCCUUUUCUUGCUUUCCUCCAAGGCAGGAGACUCCUCUGCACUUCGGACUCUGGCUGUGCCAGUGGGAAGCGUACGGAAGACCCUCGCUGGCUGUUUUGACCUCAGUGUACCUUUUCCCGAAAUGAAUGUACCAACCUCAGGG